AUGACACAAUCAUCAUCAACAACGGAACAGCUGGAGCCGCAGAAAAUUCUUUUGGAACUGACUUGCAAGGUAGAAGCUCUGGAAUCUUCAGGUAAAUUUGUUCCGUCUUCAAAAAGCAGACGUCCCGAGGCUGCGACAGAUCCGUUUGCGCUGCGAGUGUUGGUCGCGGCGACUGCUGCUGGUUUCACGAAAACACUAUUCACACGUUGCCCUGACGAGUAUUACUCAUGGCCACUCGAGAAAAGACGCGGCUUGCUACGUGGAGCUAGCUUGCAUCACCUGACAAAAUCGAUAGUAUUGCAAAACACUCGUCACGACGGUGAUCAUAACCCAGAUGAUGUGCUUCGCUCCAAGUUUCUUUGCUGCGUCGUACCGUAUUCAACCAAAAUCAAUUCAGAUGCACUUCGCGAUGCUGUGCGGAAGCUUUUUGGAGAACGCGGUUUACAGGUCCCCAGCGCUCGCCACUUCAACUACAGGCUUGCUGAAGAUUGCAUUGGUGUGACAGGGUACGAGCCUAACGCUGUUACUCCACUCGGCCUCAAAACGAGAAUGCCAGUCGUGCUCGCAAAGCAGAUUGCUCAGCUGGAUCCCCCCACCUUUUGGCUGGGAGCUGGAGAAGUGUCGCUCAAGUGGCGUGUUGAACUUGACGAAUUUGUCUCUGCCUUCAAUCCUGUUGUCCUUGAUUUUGCGAUAUCUGAAGAAAGCUAACGAGUGCUCAUCGCCAUUCGAAAUGAGCAAUACCUCUGUUACGCUGCUUUUCCUGAGUUUCUACUACAUUAUGAAGCACGACGGAAGAGUAGGAACAUUUUUCUGUGGUGCGUUUGCUGGAAAGGCACGACAAGCUUAGAUAGGCCAACUGCAAUACUUCAUCAUUUUUGAUCUGGUUUAUCAAACAAAUCAUCGGUGUACAAUGGGUAGGAAGGAGCCUAGGGCGAAACUGCGCAUAGAAGCUUAGACUGCUAGUUUAAGUUGCUAUCCGGAUCACUCCCGUAAGCCAAAAGUGGCGAAUUUAAGACUUCGGUCAAUCGAGGUUC